CGUGACUUAAGUUUUCCUUAAAUAUCAUGAAAACAGAUUCAUUAGAAGCAUAGGUUUCAAAAUCGGAAAGAUUCUCGGAAUUACUAAAACAAGGUCGGAUUGAUCAUCCCUAGACGAUAACAAAUAAGUCCAACAAUAACUCGUUGUAAUCUCUAUAUUGUAAUUUUUAAUAUUAUCUUGUAGAUUUUAAAUAGGAUACCCAAUACUUACACACGUGAAUUACACAUAGUUUAUGAAGAUAUUAUAAAGUAUAAAUCCAAUCGCAUUUUUCACCGUUGCCGUAUAUUUUUCUGAAUGUUAAUAAAAACGUAUAUAAUUUAAUAUAUAAAUAACUUAAUAAAAUUUUUACUACUAAGUUGUUCAUAUCUUUUUUAUAGUUUCAUCAUGUAUUGUGUAAAAUCUUUAAUUACUCAUAUAGGACACAUGAACUUAAAAAACCUUAUGAUAAAACCUAGAGUUAUAAAACGAAACUUUAUUAAAAUAUCUCGUAGUUACUCAUCAAAACUUGUUGAAGAUGAGGAUGAUACAGAAAAUAUUGUUCAUGAUAUAUGUAAAGGGGAUCCUGAAAAAGAGAAGAAAUUAAGAGUGUUGAUGUUGGAAGUAGAAGUAAUGAGGCAAGAUGGAAGAACAGCCCCAGAUAGAAUGAAUACAUCCAAUUGGGAAUAUUUAUUAGAACUUAAGUCUCGAAAUCAAAGAGCCAGCUAUCUGACUUACUUAUGGAAAAAUGAAAUGUCAAAAAUAAAUCAAAAAGCCCGGAAAGAAGCUAGAAGAAAAGAGUUGGAUGAAAUGGAUGAAGUAGAAGCUAAAGAAUUUCCAGAUGACUUAUUGUAUGGUAUAAAACAUCUAUCUCUUUUUCUACGCAUUCGAGACCAAUCAAUAAAUAAUUUUGAUAAUUAUAGAGCUCUUCAAGCAUUGACGUAUGGUCAAUCAGUAAUAAUCGAUUGUUCAUAUGAAGAGCACAUGGUUAAUAGAGAAAUAUUAAACGCUGCCAAACAAUUGACCUAUGUAUUUGGUGAUAAUAGGUUGCAUAAAGAACCCUUUAAUGUAGUUUUAUGCAAUGUUAAUAAAGAAGGAAAAUUUAUGGAACAAUUUAGGAAAAAUGUACCUUCUUUGGAAGAACCCUGGUUUCCAUUAAAUAUUCAUACUACAUCUUAUUUGGACUUAUUUCCAAAAGAAAAAUUAGUUUACCUGACACCUCACUGCAGAGAAGAAUUAACAUAUUUUGAUCAUGAUGCUGUAUAUAUAAUUGGUUGUAUGGUGGAUAAGAUGAAUAAUGAACCUCAUUCCUUAGCAAAAGCAAAGAGAGAUGGAAUCAAAAUGGCCAAACUUCCUCUUGAUAGAUACUUAGAAUGGGCACCAGGUUCCAAAAAGAAUUUAAAUAUUAAUCAUAUGAUCCCAAUACUUUUGGAUUUGAAGUCAACAGGAGACUGGGAUUACUCAUUGAGACAUAUACCUAGACGAAAAUUAAUGGAAACAAAAAUAAAAGCUUUUCAAAAUAAAUUACAAAAGUCAGGAAAGAUAAAUGAUAUUAAAAGUUACAUGAACCUGCGUAUGAGUGAUAGAAGGGUUUUCCAGGAUAAACGAAAAACAUCUAAGAAGUCACUCUAUGAUGAUGAAAAUAUAUAAGUUGUAUUCUUAAA